AUGCUUCAAUGAGUCCAGCAUAAAUAUGAAGAAUACUGGCACUAAUUUCCCAAAUUUGAAUCAGUCUGUGGCUAAUCCUACUCCUAUUGAAUCUCAAGGAUGGGGGUCUAGUUUAGUUCCGAAACCUGAUAUGACUUCUUCAAGCCAAUUCCCUGGGAGUAAAUCCCAAGCCUGGGAAAGCGCUCCAUCCCAGAAGGUGGAACCAAUUAAUCCUGCUACUACGUCUGUGCAACCACUUGCUCAAGGAAACUGGGGCGAUGCUCCAUCUGUCCAUAAUUCUGCCUCAUCAUUCAGUACAGGAAAUCCAAUGGGGACUUACCCCACUGCAGGCUAUUCGGGCUUGCCUCCAGCUAAUCCUUGGAGACAUCCGGUUCCGGGUAAUCAAUCAAACAUUCAGCCUCCGGCUCCAGCCACCCUAACUUGGGGCAUAGGUGUUGCAGAGAACCAAACUGCCGGGACAAGACCAGGGCCAGAGAAUCAAAAUACUGGUUGGGGUCCAGUGCCAGGAAAUCACAACAUGGGCUGGGGAGGACCUGUUCCAGCAAAUGUGAACUUAAAUUGGGGUGCUUCCGGUCAGGGACCAGCACCUGGAAAUGGAACUGCAGGAUGGGUUGCACCUGGAACUGCGGUUCCCAGUUGGGUCUCUGCCAGUCAAGGGCUACCAAUGGGAAAUGCAAAUCCUGGUUGGGUUGCUCCUGGUCAAGGGCCAGCACCUCCUGGAAAUGCAAAUCCUGGGUGGGCUGGACCCACCGGGAAUCCGGGCAACAAUGGAGACAUGAUAACAAACCAAAAUGUUAGAGGUUCUCAUGGUGGAGACUCUGGUUAUGGUGGUGGUAAAUCUUGGAACAGACAGUCCUCAUUUGGUGGAGGGGGAGGGGGUUCUAGGCCUCCUUUCAAGGGGCAAAGGGUGUGCAAGUUCCAUGAGAGUGGGCAUUGCAAGAAAGGAGCUUCUUGCGAUUAUCUGCAUACUUGAGUCUCUAAAUUUUGACAUUUUGUCAUUAGAGCAGUCAAUACUGUACAGUAAUUUUUCAUAAAAGAGGUUUUGACCUUGUAUAAGCUUUUUGUUGUGUUCUAUAUAUAGAAUUAGUGCAGGAUAGAAUGUCACUGGAUUCUGCAUCAGUCAUCUUGGUUAUAGAUGCUUUCCUUUCUUUCAGUUUGUGAGGUGCUAUUUCUGAUUCAGUCCUUGUAAAAUACUAGGGAAUAUUGUAUUGUGGUGCUUCAAGAUGUCUUUUCCGAUCCAA